AGCUCCGAUGUCAUAGAGGACCUUCGAGUAUAUGUUAAAGCCGAGAACUCGGAAAGGAUUUUUUGGUACAAGGAGCGUUUCUUAACGGAAACCGAGAUCGUCGAGAAUGUCGUAGAAAAUGCGUCUUCGAGGGUAUGUUGGACAAUACAUCGCCCUAAACGUGGGUGGUAUCUUAGGAUACGAUCACCUUCGUUCCCUCCGGGGGUUUCAAUCCAAUUAUCCCCAUUGCCAUCAUCAUCGCCUUUCCAUGUCGACGCCGCUCUGUCAUUUUCUACAAGGGUGAAUCCUCCUAAGCGAGGUCGUCUUCUGAGCCCUACUUCAUCUCCGGCUGCACAGGCUGCUCCACCAGAACCGCAAUCUAACAAGUCGUCCAUGGAGACUGUUACUCCGAGUCCAGAGACAGUCGUGCACUCGUAUCCACCUACUCCAUCUCCAGGCGCCAAUGUAGGACCAAUUCAGCCCCCUUCCCCUGAAACAGUCCGUGUAAAACUCGAUCAACUCUCAUCAAACGAUCGACAAAGUACGGCAUCGCCAGAGGUCAAGUCUUUCCUGCUUGCACCGCAUUCUACUCCGCGCGUGCCUCAACCGGAAAAUACGUCCCUUUUUGCAAAGGCAUUAUCCGUGUUCAAGAACAGCAAACCAUCGCACUCGAUGUCUUUUACUCUGUGCCCUCUACCUCCUCCGGAAAGCAGUUCGUUUGAUACUUCUGCUUCCACUUCUAAUCAGCCAGCUAGUAACAAUAGGCAGUCUAAGCGGCAUUCCUUGGUUCGACUUGACGAACUUAUACCUCCGUCACCUCCUCCUCUCGUUACUUUUCACGAUCGUACACCUGCAUGGAGCUUUGGGAGUACCAAGGGCUUGCUCGAACUUGACACAGCAAUGGAGAGAGAAUUCGGCGUGGAUCGCAGUUUCUGGGUAACAGUGUCUUUGGCAUAUAUGGAGUUCCUAAUGGAACGAGAGGUAUUAUGCUUUCAUUUAGCUUUGGACAUAGCUAGUACUAAUUUUCUGUGCUUGAUUAGAGCUAUUUGGCGGCAGCUGGAGGUUAGGCAUUGA